CAUGGCGUGCCUGGACUUGUCGUCCACCUCGGCGAUGGUCGAUUACAAGAGCAGCGGAAGCAGCGACGAAGGCGAAACAGCAGGUGGAAGCGGGGGCGGCGAAAGCGCGGAAAUGGAGAACAGUUCGUUGCGUUCGUCGAGCAGCAAUAGCAAUGGGCCAGCCGGUCAAGUCGGGCUCUACGGUACGCUGAGCGAGCAUCAUCACGUGCCGGACACAAUCUCCAGGAGUAAGAGAAGCCUGGAGGUGUUUCGCGAAGCUUCGUACUCGCCGCCGAGGUUGCGGCAUCCGCCGCCUAAUAACGUUGCCGGCCUGUCACAUCCACACAAGCCGUCUUACAAGCGUCCGUUCGAGGACUAUCCACUCGACGCCUGGGACUUUAUUAGUGACAAACACGCCCUCCAAACGAAGAAAUACUUCAAGAGGGAUUACGACGACGAACAGCUGAAUGCCAUAAAACGGGAGCCCGUGAAUGCAAAGAGCCGGCUGUCAUCCGACUGGCCAAUUCCAGUGCCGGACAACGUCGAGAUAAGUCAGUCGCUGUCCGGGAUCCAGUACGUCCGAGCGUGCAAGGAAAUCGCCGAGGGCACGAGGUUUGGCCCACACCAGGACUGGUACAACCCGGAUUUCAGUCCUUCGAUCGCCAGCGAAGUGCUGUACGCUUGGAAGAUAGCGCGCGAGUCGUUCGAGGAGUCGAGGGAUUGGAUGAAGUUCAUUAGAAUCACGAUCAAUCCAGACGAAGCCAACGUACGCAAAAUCAAAAACAAAGAUGGAAACACGUACUUCGAAGCAAUCCGCAACAUAUCGGUGAAAGAGGAGUUGACGAGCUACAUCGAGCCGUACGGCCAUCAACAGCGUAGGAUAGCCAUCGAGGACGAGAACACGAGCGAGUACGCCUCUCAACACAGCGGCGCGUCCCAUGCCGACGAAGACAGAGAAGACGAAGAGGACACCGAUACCAGGUGUACAGUUUGCGACAAGCCGUUCCAAGGCAUCGAAGUCUUGAACUAUCACCUGGUCAGCUGCCACGGAUAUCCAGACCGCGAGCACUGCUGCACGAGCUGCUCGAGCGGCUACGCCUGGCGACCGCUGCUGAUUCGCCACCGCGCCCUCGCGCACGGAGACGUACGCAAGUACCCCUGCGAGAACUGCACCAAGCCGGACCAUCCGCAGGUGUUCACUGACCCGUCGAAUCUCCAGCGGCACAUCCGAACCCACCACGUCGGAGCGCGCAGCCACGCGUGUACCGAGUGCGGCAAGACCUUCGCCACGAGCUCGGGCCUCAAGCAGCACACCCACAUCCACAGCAGCGUCAAGCCCUUCCGCUGCGAGGUCUGCUUCAAGGCCUACACCCAGUUCUCCAACCUCUGCCGCCACAAACGCAUGCACAUCAAAUGCCGGCUGAAGAUCACCUGCGCCAAGUGCAAGGCGCAGUUCAACACCAUCGCCUCGCUGUCCAAGCAUAAGCGAUUCUGCGACUCGACCGUCGCUCUGCCGCCAAGCUCCGUGGCCGCCGCGCCGGCCGCCGCCGCACUGGCAGCGAACAUGCCUCAGCCACAGCCGAACCCCUUCGUGUUCCCGACGCAGCCGCCGCCCUUCUACCCGUCGAGCUUCAUGAAGUACUACUCGGACAAUAUACUCGCCCAGUUCCGCGGAACGGCGGACGGUCUGGCGGGCUUGCCGACGAUGCUGUUCCGGUCAGAAGACGACCUGGACAGAGCGUCCAUCGCGGGCACCGCGGGCUCCGAGCGGCCCAGGGCCGCGCAGGAGAGGUUCAGCCCGCCGCGAGCCGGCGCGCCGUCGCAAGCCUCGCCGGCCCAGCAGCCGCAGCCCGUCCCGCAGAAGGUGUCGCCCGCCGCCGCGGAGGAGGCGACCUCCACCCUGCGACCGUCGCCGGCCCGGCCGGCCGCGCCGCGCCCCGAGGAGUGCGCCAGCCCCAGGCAGGCGAGCGCUCAGCGGCACAGGGCGGCCAAGCAGCAGCCUCGCCAGGGCUCCGUCGAGCGGGAGGAGCCGCAACGGCAGCCGCAGCAGCAGAGCUGCUCGGAGCAGCCGCUGGACUUGUGCGUGCGAACCAAGCGUCGACAGCCGGCCGAGUCGCCGGUGUCGAGCGUCGCCGCGCCGGAGCCGGAGCGGGAGCGGGAGCCCACGCCGAAGCGUCGUCGGAGCGAGCACUGCGAGGACUCGCCCCGGGCCAGCUCGCGAGCCUCCGACAGGCUGAGGAGCGCCGAGCGCCAGCUCGAGGGCGGCGCGGCUCCGGAGGGCAAGGAUGGCAGCGGCGGCAGCCCGCUGCCGCGAGGCGCCGGCCAGGCGCCGUCGGCGGAGGGCCAGUCGGUCAGCGAGAGGACGCCGACUCCGCCGCCGCCGCCGCCCCCGCCCCCGCCGCCUCCGCCACCGCCGGCGUCGCUGCCACCGCACAUGGCCUACCCACGGCCCAUCCACCCGCUCUUCCUCGAGUCGAUGUACCGCAGCUCCUCCGCCGCCUUCCCCAGCUUCCCGGCGGUCGGCGGCGGAAUGUCCGGCUCGAGCAACUCGGCGGACCACCGCCUCCUGCAACCGAUGCCGCCCUUCGGACCGUGCAGCCUACCCUUCCUGAGACCUCUGAUGAACGGCUUGGGCGGGCCUAGGCCGUCGAAUUACGACGUGCUAGCCAGACCGUCGCUCGCCUGCUUUCCGGGCGUGAAGCCGUUCCAGGAGUCGGCUAUACCGCCGCACCAGCCCAGUCCCUUCGCCGGCAAAAUCAAGGACCGCUACUCGUGCAAGUUCUGCGGCAAGAACUUCCCGCGCUCGGCCAACCUGACGCGCCAUCUGCGCACCCACACCGGCGAGCAGCCCUACAAGUGCAAGUACUGCGAGCGCAGCUUCAGCAUCUCCAGCAACCUGCAGCGCCACGUGCGCAACAUCCACGACAAGCAGCGACCCUUCAAGUGCCCCAUGUGCGAGCGCUGCUUCGGGCAGCAGACCAACCUGGACAGGCACCUGAAGAAGCACGAGGCCGACGACGGCAGCGGAGUCGUGUCCGUGGCCGACUCCGCCGACAGCAGCAACGAGAACGAGCGCGAGGAAACGUCCGCGUAUUUCGACGAGAUCCGCUCGUUUAUGGGCAAGGUGACUUACGGCAGCGACAUGGCUUACGGACUGCCGCCCCACCAUCCGGCUUACCUGCCCAGUCGCCUGCACGAAGCUCACGAUUUGAUGGCUGAGCCCAAAGCCACGUACGACGACGAGGAUAGCGACGAAAUGGUCUCGUCCUCGCUGGCCGGCAAGGAAUCGCCGUCGUCGCAGUUUGAUCUUAAGCUGAGCGCCAAGCGAGAACUGCUCAACAACAACACAGCUGAGCCAGUCAUUGAAAUUUCCACAUAGUUCAAACAUUUACAGCCGACCUACCAUUUUUGGACGUGAAAUUGUCGCAUUAUAAUUCAGUCGCACGUACUUUGAACAGAUUUGAUGAAGCGCGCGCUCGAACCGUAACUACGUCGGUUGAGUUUCGUAGGCUGUCCCUAGACGACAGCCGCGAAAGUCAAAUUGACGCCUUAACUUCGUUAAUGUGUAAAUUAUCUGGAGGACAGUUGUGGCGUUAAAUGUGAUGGUCAAUCUUUUGAGUAUUAUUUAUUAUAGUUAAUGUUAAUUACAUGUUAUUACUGGCUGAAGCGGAUAUGUUGUUGAUUCGAGGGGGAGUAAAAGAAUAAGAUUCGUUCCUGAAUAGUGACUAAGUUAUUUUGUUAUUUGUGAGAAAGACUUCAAAGUACCAAUUUGAAUUGACUGCAUUGGCUGAAAUUGAUCGUUGUUCGAAAUUAGCUUAGUCAAGUAAAGCCAAAGCAUUGGGUGGAUAAAUAAUAGGAAUUAGACAGAGGACAGUGUAAUUACUUUAUGAUUAAUCAACGACAGCGAAAUGUACAAAACACUUUACAUUAAGCGAAUAUAUAAGGACGUUUGUAAAAAGUCUUCGUAAUUUUUAAGCACCUAUAAGCGAUAUUAGUAAUAUAAAUAUUAUAUAUAUACAUAGAAAUGUGAAUAUUAUUUGAAAGAAAUAAAACUUAAUCGUAGAAAGUUAAAGUUUCGUAAAUGUCACCUCUAAUCAUCUUGCAAUUUUUGGUGCGCACUAUUGUCAUUCAACUAUCUAAUAGUUGGAAUUUUUGAACAGCAGUGAGCGCCGUAAUCAUUCUAUGUAAAUUAAGGAUACGCUAAACACUUCAGAGAGAGAGACUGGAGUUUAAAAGAUUUUUAUGCUUCAAGAACAUUGAAGUUUUGAUUAAUCUUUUUGCAAAAUGUGAUGGAUGAGAUUGCACGUGUUUUUACAUAAAGUUUCUAUAAGUAUGUACAUGUUCUUUAAAUAACUCUUUAUCUCAUUUCUUGUAGUCGUAUAUUCUUACAAUAAAAUUAGUCUAAUUACAGUU